ACUGUUGGGUUGUGUUGCCUUCUUGUAAUGUGACGAUCAACAUCAUCUUUUUAAUUUCUAUUUAAUUUCAAUUAGAAGAGAAUUUAAUUUGUUUUUCUCAAUAUUUCCAAAUAAUUAGUUGUUCUCAAUGUCAAGUGGCGAUGCUGUAAAUAUGUCUACUUGUAAUUGUACCUGUGAAAGUCAUAUUGAUGAUGAUGGUGAAAGUGAUAAUUUAAAAAAAAGCAAACAACCCAAAUUGGAGCCGUUAACCUUGUCUGGAAUUAAAAAUCAUGGUAAUACUUGUUUCAUGAAUGCUAUUCUUCAAUGUUUAUCACACACCGAUUUAAUGGUUGAAUAUUUUAAUUCACCUUCAUAUUAUGAUCAUGUAAUGAGAAAACGACUCUCGCUCAAUUCUAGUAAUAAUAAUAGUAAUUGUAAUAAUAAUAAUACCAAUAGUAAUAGUCUGUGUAAAAAUGGUUCCAAUAGUGAGGUUACCGCUCAAUGUGCAAGUUUAUUUCAAUCUCUUUGGAGAAGUGACUAUUCACCUGAUAUUUCAAGUAAAUUAAAAUCUUUAAUUGGUAAACAUUGUAAACAAUAUGAAGAUGGUGGUCAACAUGAUGCCCAAGAAUUUCUAUUUUUCUUAUUGGACAUAAUCCAUGAGGAUCUCAACGUUGCCAUUAAAAAGAAGGCCAAAAAGUUCAAGAUUCCAACUACCUGGAACCGACCUGAUGAAGUUAUUGCCGCGGAAACUUUAUCAAUUCACACUCAAUGUGACAAUAGUUUCAUACGAAAGGUUUUUCAAGCUCAACUGCGCUCUUCGGUUGUCUGUCGAUCAUGUAAAAGCCAUAGCAAUACCUUUGACCCAUAUAUGUGCCUUUCAUUACCGGUUCCUGCUAAACUUACACAUAUCAGCAUAAUUAACGUUUCAUACCUUGAUAAAGUUCCAGAAAAGAUUCGAACGGCAGUUAUUGUUGAAGCUCAGGCAACUUUGAAAGAGAUGAGACAUAAAAUAUCACGAUUAAUUAAAGUUCCCGAGAUCCAAUUGGUUUUACUAAUUAAUGAUGGAUCCGAUGGUAUAAAGGAAUUAAAUCAAUAUAAGACACCGAUUAGUGAAUUUUUAUAUGAAACUGAUGAAAUCGAAGCCAUCGAAACACCCAAAAUAGAGACCGUUGAUAAAGCUAAAUUAGAAGCACUUGAAAUACCCAAAAUUGAUAUAAACGAUUGUGACUCUCUGAAAACAACAACAACCAAUACCGAACAAUUAACCCUCGUAUGGACUAAUUCAGUUGGUUCUAGUGCUAACAAAUUUUUCGGACCUUAUUUCAGCUGUAUAAUUAAUCGAGAUUCAAGUUUUAAAGAAAUUCAAAGUGAAUUGGUACAAACCAUGCAGCCAAUACUAAAAUUAGAUUCUCGUACAAGUUGCAUUAAAGAAUUACCUUUAUUCAAAUUAAAAGUUGUUGGUGGUAUCAAAGGUCGAUCUUAUGUUCCUGAACAUGGUGACCAUCCUUUAUACUCUUCCACCGUAAACGAAGCACUAGCUCAUUGUAAGGAGAAAGAUUAUCGUGGGCCAAAUUACGUGAUGUUAAUUGUUGAUUGGGACGUAGAUUUGAAGCAAAGUCUCGUUUUCGAUGAUAAAAAAGUAUUAAUUGUUACCGAGGAUCCAAAUAUGCAGUAUGUGAUUGCCCGUAAUCGUAUGUUCAACCAAGCAACACUAGAAGAUUGUUUUGAAAUGUAUUUUCGUGAAGAAAAACUUGGUGCUGAUGAUGCUUGGAUGUGCCCUUCAUGUAAAAAGAAGCAACAAUGUAUCAAGAAACUUAGCCUCUGGUCAACGCCCGAUAUCCUAAUCAUCCACUUGAAACGUUUCCGUCAAGCAACUAACCUAAAACGAACCAAAUUAUCAACAUUAGUUAACUUUCCUUUAACCGGAUUAGAUUUAAAUCCUUAUUCAAGUAAACGAAAGCAACACAAUGGUGCUGGUCCCUGUAAAAAUGAAAACAUAGAAUCCUCAAAUUAUCAUAAUCGACAUUCAAAUAAUAAUUAUAAAAAUAGUGAGAUUAACAAUUUAUCCUACAUCUUAUAUCCUUGGAAAAAAUUAAGAGAGAAAGAGGUUCUCCCCCAUUAUUCAGAUGAAAACAUUUAUGAUCUUUAUGCUGUUUGUAAUCACCAUGGGAAUAUGUCAUCAGGCCAUUAUACAGCUUAUUGUCGUGAUAUAAAUGAUCAUAAAUGGUAUUCAUUUGACGAUCAACAGGUCAACAAAAUAUCAGAAAGUUCAAUAGCCACCGGGGAUUCUUACAUAUUAUUUUACCAACGAACCACAAUCCCAACUUUCUCAUUGACACCACCACUUGGGAAAAAAGCAACAACAAUAACAACACAGUCCAAAAAAGUAUCUUCACCAUUAGCUUCAUCAAUAAAUUCAUCAAUAACAUCUUUAUCAUCCAGUUCAUCGUCAUCAUCAUCAUCAAAAUCAUCUGAUUCCGAUCAAUCCUCAAUUGGUUCAUCAACAUCACUUUCAAAUACCAGUUUAAAUAGUGACAAUAAAUCAUCACCGGUUAAAAAUAAGAAAUAAUUUCAUCUAUAAUUUUCUGAAACCUGUUGAUUUGUAAUAAUUAAAUCAGUGUAUUCAUUGUAUUCACAAUUAACUUUAUGCUAUCAUCAUUAUCAUCAUCA